AUGGCUGCCGUGACCCAGGAAGCCAUGGAUCACGUCGCACCCCGCGCCAACGCCUUCCGCAAGUUCAUGGCUGAUGUUUGCGAGACAGUCUGCCUGGAGUUUGAGCGUGAGGUGCGGGAGAUGUCGGAGGACAUCUUGAUGUAUCGCGGGGAGUUGGCCCGCUGUGCCGACCUGCUGGCCUUUCAGUUGGGAAAGGAAAAGCAGUAUCACAACAUGCUGGAGAACAUAGCGGAAAAUACAUCUGUUCUAAUAGGGAAGUCAUCAGAACUUGGUCAAAAACAUGAUGCCCAUGAACCGCUGCGCGAGCAGAUGAACCAGAUCAUGGACGUUAUCAUGAACACGCACAAGGACGUGAAUGCGGGACACGGCGCGGUCCACCACGAUCACCGACAGAUGGUGGAGAGUCACUUGAUGACGUCGGCCCAGCUCCAGAAUCAAGCAGCAGCUGUUCAGGCGGAGCUGGACAACAUCAUGAAGGUCCUCAACGUGCCCGUCGUCGGAUACACGAAGGCACCAGUGGUGCCCUCACCGGCAGCGCCUGUGAAAUCGAACGGGCCCUUCGCACCCUACACGCCACCUCGCGCGAACAACCCGCAAUCUCCUGGCAUGUCCGUCGGCAGUCCGGGGAGCAUGGGGAGUCCGGGUGGGACUGCUGGGAAGAAGCCUUUGGGUGCAUCUCCUGCGCAGACCAUGGCAGGCUACGGUGCAAGGGCCGGGGUCCUCUGGACGGACUUCUUGGGCGACGAGCUCAUCGAGUUUGAUACUAUGAACCCAUCUUUCCAGCAGGUCACCACAAACUUGCUAAAGUAUUGGAUCGCUUAUGCCGACAUCGAUGGGCUCCGCCUGUCCUCUGUGGGUUUCAUGUCCGCAGACUUCACGGCCUACCUGUCCACACAUCUCAGGCGGUAUGCAACCAAGCUGGGGAAAGAGCAGUUCUUCAUGAUCGGGGAAGUUGAUCUCAGCGAUCAGCCCUUUGGCCUCCAGCACGUGGGUACGAUGUCUGGAGCACCGCCACAGAGAUUGCCUUAUCAGUUGAAGCGGGCGAGGGAGGAGCUAUGUCCAUACUUCUCCGGCUUGCGACCAGCGGCUCCAGGCUUGAUGGCAGCGUACCCGACAGCCGAAGUUGCACACUUACGCUCGGUCACCAGCUCCAAGAUCCCUCCGACGGAGUUCUUCCAAAGCCAGAUCUAUCUCAAGGCUCAGGAGGUGCAGCGGGACAUCUCCAAUGUUGCCGACGUGAGGCAUGGGUUGCGCUUUGCCUUGCAGUGCACCGGUGCGAAGUUGGCACGGUGCGAGCACGACAGGUCAGCCUGGACAGCAGCAGAAUCAUACCAGCUGCCUUAA